AUGUCUUUCGCUUCUUCCUUUCUUUCGUUCGCUUUGCUGCUCACUGCCGGCUUCGCGGCACCACAACCUGAGCCCGAACCCCAAGGCCUCGUUGGCGGUGUCGUCGACGGUCUUGUCGGUGAUCUGCCGCUUGUCGAGGGUGUACUCGAGGAUCUCGCUGACACCUUGAGCGCCGCGAGUGCUUUGGUGCUGCGCCCUUCGUCAGUCGCAGAAGCAUCCAGCAGGAUAUCAUCAGUCAUCGAAGCCCAGGCCACUUCCAACACCAUCAUCGAGGUUGCAGCAGAUCUCGUGGAAGCGGGAUUGACACCCUCCAACGUCCCUGAUGCCUUCAACUUCGUGCAAGGAGUUCUUACAGGGCAGAACAGCGACAACAACAACAACCCAAGAGAUCCCAGUCCCGCGGCUUUUCCCAAAGCACGCCGCAAUGAUGCGCCUUACAGCUUGACCGAACAACAGCUGCGCGCUGCCAUCUACAUCCCUCCCACCUUCCAAUACGGCAGGCGAGGAGCGCCACAGCCUGCUAUCCUGGUCCCAGGCACAGGCGACACUGGAUACACGACUUUCAUCGGCAGCUACAUCCCGCUCCUCCAAGGCUCGAACAUCGCAGAUCCAGUCUGGCUGAACAUCCCAGACUUCCUCCUGGAUGAUGCACAGGUCAAUGCCGAAUACGUCGCCUAUGCAGUCAACUACAUCUACGGCAUCUCCAACCAUCGCAAGGUCGCAGUCGUCACCUGGUCGCAGGGCGGUAUCGAUGCGCAGUGGGCGUUCAAGUACUGGCCGUCGACUCGUAGCCGAGUGACAGAUCUCGUUGCAUUCUCGCCAGACUUCCACGGGACCAUCCUGGCUGACCUCAUCGAUGCAGGCGAGCCUCUGCCCCCGUCUGUGCUCCAGCAGGAGUACAACAGCAACUUCAUCACCACUCUGCGCGCUAACGGCGGCGACUCGGCUUACGUGCCCACUACGACCGUAUACUCCGGCUUCUUCGAUGAGAUCGUCGAACCUCAACAGGGUCGUGGCGCAUCUGCUUUCCUGAACGACGCUCGAGGGAAGGGUGUCACGAACAACGAAGUGCAGAAAGUGUGCCCGAACGGCAGCCCAGGUGGUUCGUUCUACACGCAUGAAGGGACGCUCUACAACCCUCUCGGCUUCGCUUUGCUUGUGGAUGCUCUCUCGCACAAGGGCCCUGGAAGACCUUCGAGGUUGAACCUGAAGCAAGUGUGCUGGAACUACCUGACGCCUGGCCUGGAUUUGACGGACUUCCUGCUCACGGAGAACUCUAUUCUGAUUGCGGGAGCUGCGAUCCUUGCCACGCCGAACAAGGUUUUGGAUGAGCCUCCGAUAAAGCGUGGGUCUUCUCCGUUCGAUGGCGAAUCAGCAGGCUAUGCCCGAUGA